UAAAGAAUAAUAAUAGUUGAGGGUGAAAAACGUAGUUAGGUUAUUUUGAAAUGCAUUUAUUGAAAUCGAGGUAGGGAAACGAAGGUUCUGGAAGAGCAAGUAGCAAUUACAGGGGAGUCGAAAAUGGAGUCCGGAGGAGAAGAGAAGCAACAAAAACCUUCCUACACUUAUUGGGUCCGGAAAAUCACAGAAGACGCAGCACCUUUGCCCGUUCAUAACAAAAUUGAUGCAACAACUCCCACUUCUCAUUCUCAGCUUGGUUCCGCUUGGAAUCGAGCUGGAACAUGGGAAGAGAAGAGUCUCAACUAUUGGGCUAUUCCAAGAAUUAAGGAGUUGCUCAUUUCAGUGGGCUCCUUACCAUUCUCCUCUGGCAGAGCGGAAGUCGAAGAUGUAACUAAAUGCGUUGGAGAUGCACUUGUGGUGGUCGUUCGGAACAAGAAACGUGUCAGUUUUACGUAUGAAUUGUCCUUAAAAGUGAAAGGGGAGUGGGUUAUACAAGGAAAUAAGAAGUUGGUUGGGGGGCAUAUAGAUGUUCCGGAGAUCUCAUUUGGUGAACUGGAUGACUUGCAGGUGGAAGUGAGACUUAAUGAAGCAUCGGAUAUCGCACCUCAAGAUAAAGUUGAAAUAUACAACAACUUGAAGUUAUUUUUACAGCCUAUUCGGGAAAAGUUGCUUCAAUUUGAACAGGAACUCAAAGAUAGAUAAUGGCUUCUAGAUGUUCUCAAUUUGAUUUCAUUUGGUACUCUAUUUAUGGCAACCUCUUCAGAAAUAAAGUUUUCCAUCACUUUCUUAUUGAAAGCAUGGAAAUCCUCUUAUGUAGUAGACCUAACAUUAUCAGACAUUUGUUUUCUGCAUGCAUAUGGUGUGGUUUUGCUUAUGAAUGAAUCUCAUUUCAAUGAACUAUCUCCUUUGUGGUAAGCCACUGCGGAUAAUAGAGAAUGAUGAUAAAGACGAGGUAUUUUUUAACGA